UAGUUUCGUACAAGUACAAAUGUGAGGCCGUUAUCUUCCCGCGGACCGCUCUAUUGUUGAGACCCUUCUUCCACUGCUCAACAAUGGCGUCCAUUUCCGCUGCUGGUUCUCUUCUCAAAUUUCCCACUCCCUUCUCCGGGAAGAAGAUUCUAAACACGAGCUGCAGCGGACCUCAUCUCGCUCACUUUCCCCACGAUUAUCAGCCUUCAUCUUCCGGUGAUAGUACUGAGGGAUGUUUCAAGCUAGUAUUUGACCGAAGGGCUGCGGUUUUCUCAUCCUUUGGCCUACUCGCUGGAGCCUUGUUGAAGGUCGCAGAUGAUGGACUAGCUGUGGCAUCUGAGUUUGCUGAUAUGCCAGCUCUUAGGGGGAAGGAUUAUGGCAAGACUAAAAUGAAAUAUCCGGACUAUACUGAGACAGAAUCAGGUCUUCAAUAUAAGGAUCUGAGAAAGGGGGAAGGCCCUUCACCAAAAGUGGGAGAUACCGUUGUGGUUGAUUGGGAUGGCUAUACAAUUGGUUAUUAUGGCCGCAUAUUUGAAGCCAGAAAUAAGACAAAGGGUGGUUCUUUCGAGGGGGAUGACAAGGACUUCUUCAAAUUUAGGCUAGGAUCUCAAGAGGUGAUACAAGCAUUUGAGGAAGCUGUUGCGGGCAUGACUUUGGGUGGUAUUAGAAGGAUAAUAGUACCACCAGAAUUGGGGUAUCCUGAGAAUGACUUUAAUAAAAGGGGUCCAAGACCAACGACAUUCUCGGGCCAACGAGCAUUGGAUUUUGUGUUGAGGAACCAAGGAUUGAUAGACAAGACUCUUUUGUUUGACAUUGAGCUUCUGAAAAUCAUUCCAAACUCAUCAGUUUAACUGUUUAAGGUUGAUUGACAUGUCGCAAAAUUCUGCUUGGCAAACAUGAAGGGGUUUCAUAGGCAACAAAAAAUUGGUGACGAGAAGCUGUGAGAUUCUUUGCGUGUGGGUAUUACUAGUUUAUUGCCCUUAAAAAUGUAUAGAGGAAUCACGUGCACUUGGGUCUGUAUUAUAACAAUUUUCUAUUUACUCCACUUUUCUGAUAUGAUCUUGGUCCCACACAUUUUUGAAGGGAAUAAAAUGGAGGAGGAUAGAAAAGACAGGUACUUUUGCAAUGGAGUAUGAUCUUGUUCUGUCCA